AUGGCUGCCAGAGUCCCUUCCUUGCUGGUUAUCAUCGCAGUUCAUGACCUACGUGAUCUGUGCAACCGGGAGAACCAACUCGAUAUGCACCCUAAUGCAAAGACAUGUUAUAUCGCGGACUUUGUGCAGACAGCAACGCUCGCUCGCUCUCCCAAUGCUAAAAUUCGAUCUUACAGAGAAAAUGCAGUGUUUUCGCUCUCUCGCCACCCCUAUGCUUCUCGCUAUGAUUGGGUAAAAUUUCUCCCGGCAUAUUCAAUGGCCACUCUCAUCAUCUCGCAUGAGGUUGAACCUCAAUGCGACGAGGGUAGUGACAAUGGGACCCCUCACACGCUAGCAACUCCGACGCUGAUAAUAGAUUCCUGCCCUCACUUUUCAGUGCGGCUCAAGUCCGAUACGCUAGAUAUUUCUGAUAUCCCAUCAUGUCAGGCAGUCUGGGAACAACAAGUGCUACUGGAACAGUCAAACUACUCUCACUAUGGUCAAUCUUUGCCCUCCCCUUACGUCGAUGACGAUAAACAGGAAACACUGGAGAGAUGGCAAGGCUCUGGCCAGUCAGUACAACCACGCUUGGACCAUGAUCCCUCUCUCGAAAUCAACUCAGAUCAAUCGCCAGGCUGUGGUGCUCAGAUCCCUGCGUCGUGCUGUUCAUCGAACACUCUUGGUUAUCAUACUCCCUCUCUUGACGACGGACAAGGUGCUCUGAACUCUGUCUUAGAGGCUUCGAUGCUGUGCGACAACCCUGAUGGGCCAAUAGCAUUACCGCUAAUAUGCAUGGCAGAUCACGAUCAUAUUUACGACGUUCUGGCGAGUACACUAUAUCAUAGGCGGACCUGGGAAAUUCCAGAUUUAGUGGUCGGCAUAACUUUCGAAAAGCACAAGACCGCUGUGCAGAUCGUGCUUGCAUGGCUAGCGGAGGACACUCUGCCUGACCAUGAUCUUCCAGCCAUUCAUAUUGCGCAUGCAAAAGCUAUUCCAGAUGGCAAUAUAGGUUGUGUCCGGCAGGGAUGGUUUGAAUUGGCGGAUGUGGGUUCGGCAUUAUCAUUAGCAGUAUUCCUUGUGGCGUUAGGAGAUCACUUUUCUAGCAUUGAACAGCGCGCUGCUUUAGAAGCGUGGCGUCUGCCAAUCCGCUAUGAAGAAGGUCAGGUUAGGGUAUGGCGUGCAGACCAAAUCUUAGGCAAAAGCAUAAAAUGUCCCAAUCCGGACAACUCACUCGUGCUCGCAUGGCUAAGUGACAUUGGCUGUAAUGCGAACAGGGCAGUUCCUGAAGACGAAAUACCACCUAAUAUUACUAGGUCGGAACCUUCAAUGUUAGGAGGCUGCCGUACUGCACAAAGUAGCGACAUAGACAAUACAACAGAAGAGAAGCCAAGUGCUAUCUCUAGUUCUGGGAACUUUUCGAAGAUUCUAAGUCACUCUAAAGACUCAAGACGUAUUGCAGCAUCCAUAUUGGCCAGCAAUGACAAGGACAUUACUCUGAACCCAGCCAACUGGCUAUUGGACCGUAAUGCUGUCACUUAUAGUUUUGUGCCUACUCUUCGGCAUCUCUCAUCGAAAGAUUAUGAAGACCUGACUAUCAAAUAUCCUACCUAUCGGCCUCUGUUUCCUUUCAUGAAGACGUACGACAGUCUUACAUGCUUUCACUGGCCGAAGGAGUGGAUUUCGAUAGACAAGCUGCCACUCGUGCCUGUGGAUUUAGAGAAGAAACGCACAGCGCUUUUUCAAGGUUUCCAAUCAUAUGAUUCCCACAUGCAUGGACCUCCAGUGGAGAUGCCUAGCUACGCUAUCAAGGCCAUCACAGAACGAUUCUCCCAACUCAUGCAUUUGUCCAUGUCCGCUGAAAAGAAGAAGAACGACACUCAUAAUCUAUCAGUAUUAGAGAGCGAAUGCCGUCAUGAAUGGGAUGCGAUAUUUUUCAUAUUUUUUUGUACUGCACUCCAGAGUACGAGUAAGCAGCAGCAUGGUGUCCAACUGACAGCAAUGCUUGAACGAGACAUCAAAUUACCACGUAAUAAUCUUGCAGACAAUCAGAACACAUUCCAAGACAUUGAUCAUUUGAGCACGCCAUCCCUCCACCAACAUUUUAUGACUCUAGCUGCAGACAAGGCAGUUGCUUUUACGCAACGAAACGACACGGUUCUCAAUAGCUUUGUCGAACAUUUACCCUUUGACCUGUCUGUCAAGCGCAGAGAGAGACUUCAAUCCGGAGCCACAUUAUUGAUCGCACACACAACGGCAGUACUCAAGGAAGACUUGGCGAUCACACAAUCUUGGCAACAACAGCUUGGUGCAGUGAAGGAGCGCGUGUCCAUGGAGCCAUUGAUCGCUAGAUGUGAUGUGAUCGGUAUGAUCCAUUUUCCAUGCUACUUUUCCUUUUCUCUCCAGAUGGCCGAAGUCAAAAACUUCAAUAUGGUUUCUAUUAGCAGUCAGCGUAAUCAAUUUAAUACGAAGACGGAGUCAACCAACAUAGCCCUUGCGAUUCGACAGCGUAUCGUUCAACGAGAUGUGACAGGCGAAAAUCCUCACGAUCUCUUCACAACUGCACGGGUUGAAGAUUUUGAUGACGACAUAGAGCUUGAAGGUGAUCCCUUCAUCCAGUCUUCGCUCCGGGAGGCUCUACUGUCAGACCCAACCACUGCUUUGCACCCGGCUCAUGGUCAAUCAGUCGGCGGUGUUCUUCCCUCUUCCAUUAUCUCAUCAUCCAAUUUUGCAAACUUCCCGCGAUCACGGUCCCAGACAGAAGGCUUGAAUCGUGCUAAGCCAUCCGAAGUCGAUGAAGCGCAAAGCAUAUUCACAAAGCUCAAAAUAACUGGCAUUGCUACCCCUACAGGUGCUAGACCCCAUUGUCAACUCGAGUCGAGCCCAAAAUACUGA